CAGCGCGGGGUGCGGUUCGUCGUGUUCGUUUCACAUCGAAAGGUUACGUCCGCGUAUUCGUAUCUCAUUCUCGUACGGCGUUUAACCUUCGCGCUUGUUUCCCCUCGACAUUCUCGGGUCGUUCGUGAUCGUGCGUCGUUGCCGCGCGACUUUGGUCGCGUUUCCGAUUUAUGGCUUCGAUUUCUUCGCUCGUAUGUAUCUGCUGCGCGUGACGAAAAAUAAGAAGAAGAAUGUGGUUGACGGGAGGCUCGUGCGCCUUCCUGCUUCUGGCACUGACAUUGUGCCAGGGCCUGGUCCAGGCGAAGAACGACAACUACCAAAUAAGCGACGUGUGCAAGAAGAAUUAUAUGCGAGAUCUCUACAGGAAAAUAGACGGGGCUGUCCUGAUGUCACAGCUCGAGAAGGAUCUAGACUGUACCAUCACCUUCCAAACGCAUAGUAUCCUUCAGCGGUUCAUGCUACGCUUCGACCAACUGCAAUUGGACUGCAACGAUCACCUCUACAUCUACGAUGGUGCACAUGCGGUCAGCAGUUACAAGGCAGACCUGUCCUGCCAGAACACGAAGCAGUCCGUGGGCGCGAUUUAUACGCGCACGAACUUCGUGACACUGAAAUACGUCACCGACUCGUGGGGCACCAUCUCGAACGGCUUCCGUCUCGUUAUCACCGCCGUCAAGGAUCCAAAGCACACCUGCAAGGACUUUCGAUGCACCCAGAACGAAUUUUGCAUCGAGACGGACCUCCUUUGUGACGGCGUGAAUCAUUGCGGCGAUGGCUCCGAUGAGGCUACCUCCACCCUCUGUGCCAACUCUGAGGCAUCGACGAUCCUGGGCAUGCAGACGAUCUGGUUCGUGGUCGCGCUCGUUUUUCUGAUCCUGAGCGUGGCAGGCCUGGUCACAGUGGCGGUCCUCUGCUUCUGCAGGCAACGCGCCGCAACCCCGAGGCAUCCCCAUAACGCGCACAACGCCCAGACUCAUCCUCCAGUCAGCUUCCCAUCGCAGGUAACCAUUGACCCACACCGCAACGAUGGAGCGUGGAGAAACGUGAUCAACGAACUCGAUCGCCAUAUUUUCAGUGCUAACCUCGGCUCUUUAUUUACCGAGAAUGCAGUUAUUUGGGUCGGCACCGCGAACUAUCGGGUCAGGAAAGCCGUGCAACGAAAUUUUCGUCUCGGCAGUCGAGUGAAACCGGCCCUAACGGCCGUCAGUCUUCAGUCUUGCCGGUGGAGGACCACUGGACCAGUCAACAGACUCAACAUGGAACACCUGACAACGUGGAAAAUGUUUUACGUUUGUGUAUUGGCCAUCUCUCUGAUGGUUCGUCCGUCCACUGGCUCGCAAAUGCAGCCGCUCGUCGUCAGCAACUCGUUGGACGAAGGUGUCGCCAAGGACUACUUUAUAGGACCGUGUCUGGUGAACACGAAUCAAACUUGCCCUGAUAAAGAGGUGACGUUCUUCUUAUACACGCAAAGAAAUCCCGAUGCGGGUCAGCAGAUCAUGGUCGACGAGAAGCGCUCGAAUUUGAAACGAAUCCAUUUCGAACCUUCGAACCCUACCAAGAUCCUGAUACACGGUUACGAUUCUGACAUGGCACUGUCUUACCUAGUGGACGUGCGAAACGAAUACCUGAAAACCUAUGACUACAAUGUGAUAGCCAUGGAUUGGCAUCGUCUAGCUACGGCACCCUGCUAUCCCAUCGUUGUGCAAAACGUGCCACACGUGGGCGAUUGUUUGGCCCAGCUGGUGCAGAGACUGAGGGACGUGGGUGCGGACGAUAUCCACGUGAUCGGCUUUAGUCUGGGUGCUCACGUGCCCGCGUUCGCGGCUAGAGCUCUCAGACCGUACAAGAUGUCAAGGAUAACGGGUUUAGAUCCUGCCAUGCCGUUGUUUGUCACCGUGGAGAAUGACUACAAAUUAGACCCGUCGGACGCUGUCUUCGUCGAUGUCUUUCAUACGAACGCGUUCAUUCAGGGCAAGGUGGAGAUGAGCGGGCACAUAGAUUUCUAUAUGAACGGUGGGAUCAACCAGCCAGGUUGUUGGGACAAUUGGAAGCCUUUCGAGUGUGAUCAUCACAGAUCCGUGAUGUAUUUCGCCGAGUCCAUCAAUUCGGAUGUGGGUUUCUGGGGCUGGAAAUGCGGAGGAUUUUCUUUUUAUCUGCUUGGCCUGUGUCCUCCCAGGUACCCGGCCGUUUUGGCUGGCGACAAGGUGGAUAAGAAGAGCAGAGGCUUUCAUCUGGUGAGAACGAACGGGCACAAACCGUACGCCAUGGGAAAUUUCAGCGUGAACCGGUUAGAUAUGUAUACGUAAGGUCGACGAAGUGUCGAGCGCUACUGUCGCGAGAUACAACUCGUACGAUAAAUCGAAGAAUGUACGACGUGAGACUUUCGGAUGCGAUUCUGCUCUCUGAUUGCGGAGCAUAAAGAGGACACGUGCGUGAGACGAAGCGGUUGCUGCUGCAAGCGGGCACCAACGAUGUGUCCCUCCGGCAAAUUGUCACGGUGAGCGUGAGAGUUGACUGAAAAACGUGUUCCGUGUCAAGGUCAGGGUAUCUCGAGCACCUGGUGCUCCGCUAAUCGAUACUGUGUUCGGCGUAGAGAAAGAAAUGGGGCUAACCGGCUAUAAGCCCGUUUAGGAGUUGAUUCGUAUCGAUUCGGACGCGCGCGAAACGGAUGAACAAACUAUCGGCUCGAAAGUUUCGAUAAAACGAAAUCUUCUCUGGGAAGAUUAAACUUGGACAUUUCGAAGCAUUUCUCGGGCAAAUUUUUGUGUGAAGUACAUUAAUAUCAAACAUCUUUUUACUUUCGCCAAAGUGAUUAGGAUCGUGGAUUUGAACUUAUAUAUCGUGGUUAGGGGAUAUCGGUUCGUCGCAUCGGUUUGACGAAUAAAAAUCAGUGGUUUGAUAGGAAUUGUGAACAUCGUUGUAAGCUUUUUACGUAACAAUGUGCAUCGAAUGGAUCUUUACGAGAUAUUAUCCAACUUAUAUCUAAUGUUACGUAACACGCGCAAAAGUUACAGCUACAUUAGUGAGAUUUAUCGAAGAAACUUGAUUUCGAAAAUAUAUGCAAAAUAUAUAUUGAAUAUAUACAAAUAUAGAAGAAUUUAAUUUCAGCGUAACAUAUGUAAAUUACAUAUGUAAAGGAUUAUAAAUAAGCUGAAUUUUAUUAAUAUCGUUUGAAAUAUUGAUAAACGAGUUGCACGUAAUCUGUUAUUUGUUGAUAGAGGCGCAGUUAUUUAGCGAGAUUUUGUAUCAUAUUUAUGGAUUGUCGUCGAAAUAAUGAUACAAAAAUAUUAUUUUGUAUAAAAUAAGAGAGGUUAUUUAUUCCUUAUAUCAUUUACUUUGGAUUCUCAUAUUUCGGUCAUUUAUUGUAUUUAUCAUAUCGAAAAUUCUUUAUUUUCAUCCAGUGUUAUUAAUUGCUAUCAAUUUACUAAAAUAUUUAAAGCGAUUAAUAAUGUAUGAUUUAUAUUUAUUUAUUUGUUACAUUUAACUUAGAUCGUAAAAUUACGUUAUCAUCGGAGAUAUUAUUUUUGAUACCAGGAAAUUCCAAGGCAAACAUUACGUCCGAUAGUAAUGAUAUGCCUGUUACUACAGAAAAAUACGUAUCGAUUUAAUGUAACUCGCACGAAACAUAAAAAUGAUUUAUUUGUUUAUCUA